AUGUCACACACAGGUGGGUUUCUAAAGGCUUUCGAUGUGAUUGAUUCACUGAUCCCUGGCGGCAACCCCAGCACCGCGAGCCCUUCUCAGAGUAGUGAGUCAACCAGCAAGCCAGGCAUACAACCGACACCCCAACAGUCCCAACAGUCUCAACCAAUACCACUCGCGCCGCAGAGUACACUCACCACCAGCAAGCUCACAGACCGAACCUGCAUCACUCCCACCAGGCAACGCAGUCAAGCAACUCAGCCCGUUAACACAGCGACACAGCAAACACAGGCCUCUCGUAUAGCUAAGCCCUCGACACGAACCACGGACGGCAAGCUUGGUAUUGGGGAUGAAUUGGUGAAGGCGGCAACGGAUAUCACGAACGCGUUUGGCGACGUGGCGCUGGGCAUGGGGUCUGUGUUUGGGUCGGUGUUGGAUUCGAUGGGAAAGGGUGUGACAAAUGGAGUGAACUCCAGUGCUGAGCAGGUGAUGGGUGCUGCGGGCCUUACGGACUUUGCGAUCAAACGAGUAUUACAAGCCAACCUAGCACCCUACGCCCACUUCUCACCCAUGAGCCUGAAGGUGCACGACCAGGGAGACCGCAUUGUGCUGAGUGACGCUGUGGCCUGUGAACAAGUGCGGCUGCUUGUGCCCGUGGACUGCUUACAGAUAAAGAUGGAUUGCGCAACGAUACUGGGUGUGACAUCCAGUUACAUGGACAGUUUACCAGGCACGCCAAUCACCCCCGUCAAGAUGCGCGUGGAAAACAUCCACAUCACCAUAGCGCUGACUAUGGUGCAAGGGUGGGCCCUGCGAUUGUUCCUGGCCAACCCUACGCUGGAGAGUUUCAUCCGUGAUACAUUCUUAUUCAAAGAUCUGUUCUUAGCAUGGUCAUGUGACACCAUGCCAUCUAUAUUGGGAGGCUUCCGAAUAAACGCGGCGCUGUUCAACGCAGAGCACACAGACCGCAUCUCAACGGAAAGCGAACUGGUCAUCCAUGCCAUGUAUCUGAGUGACGUUGUCUUUUCCGUCCAUCCUCUCAAGGGCCCGGGCUGCUACAGGAUAGAAAUCGAAACCCUCAACAUAGAUGUUAAUCCCUCCAAAGAGCGAAUAGCUACCCUAAAACAAUUACUUGAUAUGGAAAACGCGCCGAAAAUACGCCGAAAGCGGGAUGUGCAGAUCAAAUCUAUAGCACUAGGUGUUUUAGUGUGCUUAUGCGCUAUAUUGUACCAAUUGCUGACGUAGCUAAUUAUUAUAAAAUAAAAUUGCAUACUAGUGGGGCA